AUGGCGAACAAUGAGCUCUGGGCUCAAAUACUUGGUUACUUUAGUAUAGCCUGCUGGAUCGUUGUCUUUACACCGCAGAUCAGAGAGAACUAUAAGCGAAAGAAUACCGAUGGUGUUUCGAUCCAAUUCUUAUUAUUUUGGAUUUUUGGAGAUAUUUUCAAUUUGAUUGGAGGUGUACUUGAGCACUUGAUGGAAACAAUGCUGCUGCUGGCAUUGUACUACUUAUUGGCUGAUUGUCUAUUGAUGGGACAAGUUAUUUAUUAUCGUAAACGCCAGGGUCUCUUGCACCGGGACGAAAUUGUCGAUACUUCCGAGAGUGCGCCUCUUUUGCAGUCAGUUUCUUCUUCGUACAAACCGACGAUGUCUGAAACAACACGUCGCACGGUGCGGAUUUUCUUUAUUUCCUCGGUCGUCUCCAUGACUUUGCUCUUGGUCGGCACCGGCCUAUUCUUCUUCUGGCCCAAUGCACAAGACAAGAUCGACUUUAGCAAGCUACACCUCGUGCCUCAGUUGCUAGGAUGGGCCAGUGCGGUGUUGUACUGUGGAAGUAGAAUCCCUCAAAUCAUGCAGAAUUUCCGAAACGAGAGUGUUGAUGGGCUGAGUCUGACAAUGUUUGUAUUCAGUGUGUGUGGCAAUCUGACCUACUGUCUGUCUAUUUUCUUUAGAUCUCUGGAUAGAACCUUUCUCUUGACCAAUUUUCCUUGGUUACUUGGAAGUGGCGGUACCUUGUUCUUUGAUUUCACAAUCUUUUUCCAAUUUUAUACUUAUCGCAACAAGAAGCUUUUGACAGACACAAAAUGA